GAUUUAUAAUUAUAUUAAGGGAAUAGAUCCUAAUAUGGAGUAAUCGGAAAUGAUUUCUAAAUUUGGUAUGUUUGAAAUUACCGGGAUGAUGAUAUUAACGUAAAGUAGAUGGAGCUCGUGGGAAACAUGGUAAAUCAAAACAAUCCAAGUAAACUGUUUUCUUUUUUUUGUGAUUAUUUUCAUUAUUUGUUUGUUUUUUGAGCGAUAUUUUUAAUUUGAUUUUUGCAUAUUUAAUAUCACUGCAAAAUGAGGAUCAAAAUGAUGGUCUACCUUUCAAUACUGGCUUUAGCCUUCGCCUCAGGUAUAGAAGGUGGAAAGACGGCACAUGGAGCAGGAACCAGCCAAGAUAACUGGAUUCGGCGAAGCAAAAGAGUUCAAAAACAGGCAUGUGCCAGAAUGAAAACGUCUGGUAAAGCAGAUGUCACAAUGGCUGAUCUAUCGAGUGAUUCUGAUUCUGACAACAAUUAUGGUUCGGCUGAAGCACCAGGAGUGGGACCUUCUCCAAGGCAAAAACAAGGUGGAGCUUCAGGGUUCCUUGUAAAUUCCGAUUACGAAGGGGUUUCUGAAGAAGAAUUUGGAACUAGCCGUGGUGGCAGUAGAAAUGAUUGUAAUAACGGAAAUAAUGGUGGUAAUGGUGAUGACGGUGAUAACAAUAAUCAUGGUGAUGGUAAUGAUAAUGGUGGAAGCGAUAGUGGUAGUAGUCACAGCGAUGAAACUCAAAGUGAUACUUCUAAUGAGAAUAAUGAGGAAUCGACUCUACCAAUUGUAUCAGGGAAAAGGCGAAAGGGCAAAAAACGAAAAAGAAAUUCAAAAACUGUACCGGUGCAACAACGAGUAGAGGUAGCCAAUAGUCUAAUGCAGAGUUGUCCUGUGGAUACACCGAAUUAUGUCCGUUUUCCAGAUGGAAGAAUAAGGAGGGGGAUUGACUAUGGUCGAACAGCCGCGUUUGAGAAUAGAUUUACAAAUUGUGAGGAUUUGGCGGAUAAGCAAGAGAUGACAUUGGAUGAGCAGAAUAACUGGAUUAAAGAAUCGGCAGCCAACCGGGAAGGUUUAACUUUGAUUGAGCAGGAAAAGGAGGCGCAAGAAUACUUGGAUUCUCAUCCUAUUUUGUUUGAGUGUGUUUAUUGUGGAACAAGGGACGAGUCUCUGAAAUAUCUUAAACAACAUGUAUUUGGUCGUAGGAGAACUGCUAAAGAUAAGUUUAGGAAAAACGCUUGUGGUGUUCGAUGUGCAGAGGAGCAUCUAAAUCCAAGUGCGAUCGCUGUUACGAGCUUUCCGAAAAGAUUUCCUUGGGCUUACGUGACUUGUAGGAAUAUGCGUAUUGUUGUGCCGUCAUCGUCAGGUCAACCUACUUUUCCAAUACUUAGCGCAAUGCAAGAAACUUGGGAUGAAAUUAUGGUUGACAAUAGUGUUAAAGAUAAGACCCAAAAACAUAAAGGAAGGCCUAAGGCUUCCACAUCCGCUCCUCGCAAAUAGCGAUCUUUCUCGUCUUCCGAUCUAUCAGCACCAGUGGGCACCAAGCGAUACAGGUUUUUGGAACAUAUUUUACGAAAGACCAUGAUUGUAAGACGCUUCGCUGAUUUCCGGUGAUUUCCAAAAGGAAGUGGUGUUUGCGACUCACUUUUUUUUUUCUUUUCAUUUUUGUAAUCUUUUAAACUUUUUCUUAGGUUUUUUUUUUGAUUAAUGACUUGUUUAUAUUUGUCUAAUUUUUUCUUAAUUCUAAUUAAUUUUUGUAUUGUGACCUCAAGCUUAUUUUUAUUUUAUAAUCCCCAAUUCUUAAUGUAAUCAUUUUUAUU